AUGUCUAAUGUGUUCGACAGAGCUGGCAACCCACGCGUCAAGAUGAACGGCGAUCUGGAGAAAGGGGAGCUAUCACGGACCGACCCGCAGCUUUACUACAUACUCCGUCUUUGUCAGCUUGAGACGGACGCAGUCAAAGGAACGGAUCUCAUGAAGAAAUUGAGCAACCUCCAUGACACUGAUUUCUCGACGUGGGAAAGGCUCCAAGAGCGGGAAGUGGCGUCGCUAGGCGAGCUGGCCAUCAUCACAUAUUUCAUCCAGGGCCUAUCAGCCACCAUAGGAAUGCCGUCACUAUCCGAGAUGAACGAGCUCAAGAUGAAGAUUGAUCUACAAGACUUUGUUGUUCCCAUAGACGACCUUCUUGAGCCUGAGAUGGCAUCGAAGGCACUCACUCGUCUCGAUCAGUUCAUCAUCGAGAAUGCCGAGCAGGUGGAGCGCAGAGAGCAGAUACAAGCGGCCGAGGUCGCACCCACACAGCUACUCGCCACAGAGCCCGAGCCACGAGAGAAGCUCGUUGCCGAACGCAAACAAAAGGAGAAGACACGACCUUCUCAUUCCUCCAUCUUUGAAAUUGUCGCGCCUGCAGAAGAGGGCUUGCCUUUUGAAGAAGAGAGACCUGCGGUAAUCAAGGUCCGAGCAUCUACAGCAGGUGUUUUUUCUGCUUUGUUUGCUAAAGCAGAGGCUCGUGGCAGCGUAAGCUGGACGGCAUUCCUCUCAGCCAUGACCGAUAUGGGAUUCUCUGUGCGGCCCAGGACUGGCUCCGUGUAUACUUUCUUCCCUCCAGAGAGCAUGGGCGCGAGUAGGUGGUUCACGGUUCACAGGCCUCAUAAAUCAGAUAUUGAAGGUUAUUAUGCCAUUCUGUACGCAAAGCGCUUGCAAAGAGUCUACGGAUGGAAUGAGAACACAUUCGAGGUAGCCGAUUGA